AUGACAUCCGGGCCGAAAGCUUCUCACCAUGAUUAUACCGUGGCGUGGAUAUGCGCACUACCGGUGGAGCUGGCAGCUGCCCAAGCUCUUCUGGAUGAGAUUCACGAUCAGCUACCGGCCGGACCAGCUGACACGAAUGUCUACACCCUAGGAUGCAUAUAUGGCCACAGGAUUGUCCUCACCUGCUUACCGAGCGGUGUAUGCGGGACGAUCUCUGCGGCCAUUGUCGCGACGCAGCUUUUGUCGACUUUCCAUUCCAUCCAAUUUGCCCUCCUGGUCGGUAUUGGCGGAGGCAUACCGACUGGGAGCGCAGAUAUUCGCCUCGGCGAUGUUGUCGUUGCAAGGCCUACUGACAAGCACGGCGGAGUUGUACAAUAUGACUUUGGCAAAGCAACACCCACUGGCUUUCAGCGUACGGGCAUCCUAAAUAGCCCGCCUAGAUCUCUGUUACAAGCGCUCUCUAAAUUAGAAGCAAAUCAUUUAUCACAUGUUGGUCAAUUCAAGUCUAUCCUGUCUGAGUUGGAAAGGAGACUGCCAGGUCAGGGAGCAUUGGUAUUCGCUCGGCCGGUGAUGGAUGACCAUUUGUAUCUUGCAGAUUACCAUCAUGUUGGUACUCAGUCCGAUGGAUGUGAAAAUUGUGACAAGUCAAGGACGGCUGCACGGCCUGUCCGAUGCGAUGACUUACCAGUAGUUCAUUACGGGUUGAUUGCGUCGGGAAACCAGGAACUAGGGGCGUACUGUGUCGAGAUGGAAGCAGCCGGCUUGACUAACCAUUUGCCUUGUCUGGUGGUCCGCGGCAUAUGUGACUAUGCUGAUUCACACAAGAAUGACGCCUGGCACGGGUAUGCUGCCGCCACAGCUGGAGCGUAUGCUAAGGAACUACUUUCCAGGCCAGACAACUACCACAUCCCAUUUCAGCUGACUGACGUACCCACAAUUAGCAAUUUUGUCGGUCGUGGAGCAAAUCUCCACGAGCUCUGGGAGAUCUUGCGCCCAAACACAGCGAUGGCGCGCAAAGCCGUAGUAAUAUAUGGCAUGGGUGGGCUAGGCAAAACACAGCUUGCGGCCCACUUUGCUCGCAUACACAAAGAGGACUUCACAUCAAUCUUUUGGCUGCAUGGCAAGGACGAGACUACCUUGAAUGCGUCCUUUGCAGACCUUGUUGCUCGUGUCGUAGAAUUGGCUGCAAUCAAUAGUACAAAUCAUCAUGCAAUGCGCGAAGGGCCAGGAUUGUGUGCAAAAACAGCUUUAGAGUGGCUCUCGAAGAAGAACAAUGCUGAGUGGCUUCUAAUCUACGACGAUGUAGAAGCCCGUGACAUUGAAAAGUGGCUGCCGACCGCAGAUCAUGGUUCAAUUAUCGUCACAACUCGAUCACAGCAAUUCGCUGACAGCGGCAUGAUAGCCCACCCACUCAAACCGCUUUCCUUUGAGGAAGCAUUGCAACUACUCACUGGUGAACCAGGCCCUGGGGACAGCACAUACAGCCGAUGCCAAAAUGACCCAAGCUGUGAAGCUUUAGCUAGGCGUUUGCACGGACUACCUUUAGCGCUGGCACUUGCAGGCUCUUAUAUCCACCGGACAGGUAUGAGCUGCUCCAAAUACUUGGAAUACUACCAACGGGAAUGGUGCAGCCUUCAGGCAGCGGCAGAACCGCUUCGAGAGUACCGAAACGGGAAUUUGCAGACGGCGUGGAGAGUUUCUUACGAGGCAGUUAAGCAAACCUCUCCACUGGCGGCCCAGUCCUUCUUUAUUCUUUCAUUUUUUCACCAUGAGGAUAUAUGGUAUGAGCUACUCAACAGCGCCAUGCAAUCCCACGCCUUACCCCCAUGGCUCUCUGAAGUCAUGUCGAACGAGAUUCAGUUCUCAAAGUUGAUGCAGAUAUUGCUGGAAUUCUCGCUGGUACAACAGUCGUCGCGCAAUGGAAGUUAUUGCAUACACCCCGUCAUACAGGAUUGGUGUAAGAAUGAGCUUCCAACAAUCGAUCCAGACCUCUUUGAGCUUGGCACGAAAACUUUCACCAUUGUCGCAGUCGCAGUGGGGUCGAACGCCCGAACUGCGCUAGACACGAACGACUGGUCGCUGCAACACCGCCUGCUGUAUCACGCAAACAGACUCACGCCACUAUUACGAGCCAAACCAGGAGAAAGUCGAGAUGCCGAGGUCCUUUCGGCAGUUCAUACAAUUGGACGCCUGUAUUGGACACAUGGAAGGUAUGAACGUGCUGAGGAGAUGUACCAAGAGGCACUCGCUGGGAGAGAGAUGGUCUUCGGCCUAGAUCACAAUGUCACUCUCCAGACUGUCCACAACAUGGGCUUGCUUUACCACGACCGGGGCGACUUGAGAUCUGCCGAGCUGAUGUAUCAACGGGCGCUUUCCGGAUAUAACUGCACCGAGAAUGAUAAUGCCCACCUGGAGGCUCUGGAUACUCUUCAAAGCCUUGCGAAUCUCUACCAUGCUCAAGGGAGACUAGACGAGGCUGAAAGGCUGUGCUACAACGCACUGAAAGGAUACCAAAGUUUAUUGACAGCAAAUAGUCCCUUGGUCAUGGAUGCAAUGCACAACCUCGCGAACAUCUACUUCUCCCAACACCAGUUACCCGCAGCAGAAGAGCUGUACGACCAAGCCUUAAAGGGCAAACAGAGACUGCUUGGUGAAUAUCACACAUCGACGCUUGACACAAUUCAUAAUUUAGGGGUUGUUUAUUUCGAACAAGGUCGACUGCAGGAAGCCGAAGAAAUGUGCGAUCGUGCACUUUCUGGGAAGGUAAGAGUAAUGGGGGAAGACCACGCGUCCGUGUUCGACACGCUAUUUCAAUUAGGAACCCUGUAUCGCUCCCAGGGUAGAUCGAAAGCUGCCGAGGAAAUGUACCAACGAGCUCUGUUGGGACGAGAGAAAGUCGUGGGUGUCUGUCACCCCUCGACUCUUCAUACUGUCCACCAUAUUGGAAACCUUUAUUUGGGGCAAGGCAGAUUGCAAGAGGCGGAGCAGAUGCAAGAACGAGCACUCCACGGCUAUGACAGUACCUUUGGUCAUAACCACACCUAUACGCUUGAACUAGCCCAUACCCUGGCUAUUGUCUGUUGCCAGCGAGGGAAGCUUGCUAAAGCAGAAUCCCUGUUCCAACGCGUCCUGGCCGCUAAGGAGCAGACCGAUGGGAAGCGUAGUGCACCAGUGCUUGCUAUUCUGAACAACCUAGCAAACGUAUACAGAGAGCAAGGCAGACUCGCGGAAGCCGAAGAGACAUAUAAAUUGGUCUUGAGCGAAUGGCAGAAACGCAGGCGAACCCAUCCUGCGGCACUCGGGGCUCUGAGUAAUCUCGGUAUCAUCUGUCAAGACCGGAACCAGCUGAAAGAGGCGGAAAGAUUGUUCAAAGAAUCUCUCAACGGAUACAAUAGCGAGCUCGGUCCUGAUCAUAUCCUCACACUGGACACGGUAUGUAACCUAGGGGAUUUGUAUCGGGACCAGCACAAGGCCCACAGGGCAAAGGAACUCUACCAGCGCGCUCUUACCGGCUAUGAGAAUAUUCUGGGUCCAGAUCACCCGAGAACGCAAGAAACCGCAAACAAGGUACGCUUGAUAUGCAAUUGUUCAAAACCGACCAAGCGACACCUCAUUGCCCGACUUUGGAAAGGUGGUCGGUAAAACAUACUUUGCCGUGAACUUCAAUUAUCCAUCAGGUUUAGCCAAACCUCAUCUGAUAAAAGGUACUGAUGAACUAUAUUUUGCUACGAAGCCAUAUUUGGUUCUGGUCACAAUCCUUCUGUACCUAGUCACGUCGUCCUUUGUAU